AUGGAGUGAACUCUGUCACAGGGCGGGACACACACAGCAUCAAUGCACUGAGCCUGAAACAGUUCGGACCAGAGAAACUUUGGGUAAACAUGGCUUCUAGACAUCAGGUCCAGCGUCUGACGGAGGAGCUCAACUGUGCCAUUUGUCUGGAAUUCUUAAACGAUCCUGUUAGUCUGGACUGUGGCCACAACUUCUGUCGCUCCUGUAUCACCCGGAGUUGGAAGAAGCAUAAGGAAAACUCCUGUCCAGAAUGUCGCCAAGUUACUGCUGAGAGGAAACUGAACGUUAAUUGGGCCUUGGCCAUUUUAGUGGAGAAAGCUCGUGAAUUCAUUCUGGUCCCAACACAGUUGGCAAUUAAACCUCAGUGUGAGAAACACCGGGAGGAACUGAAGUUGUUCUGUGAAACAGACAAGAAAUUGAUAUGUGUAGUUUGCAUUCAUGGUCAGGAACACAGAGGUCACAGCUUGCUGCCGAUUGACGAAGCUGCUGAAAUCUACAAGGAUCAAGCGAAAUCCUCCUUAGCUUCUCUCACACAGAGGAAGGAAAGUGCUCUGCAGAUUGAAGCCGAACAGAGAGAAAAGAUUUCACAAGUUAAGGAACAUGCAAACAGUCUACAGACUCACGUCACGGGUGAGUUUGCUAAAAUGCACCAGAGUCUGACUUACAGAGAGCAGCGAGUGAUUCGAGAUCUCAGACAGCGAGAGGCGGAGAUUUUAAAGAGAAUGGAGACAAAUCUGCGAGAGAUUCAGUGCAAAUUAGAUUCUGUUCAACAAGAACUCUCCGAGUUACAGUCACAGAUUGGAAAAGACGCUCUGGCCUUCCUGCAGGAGGAAGCUGCUGGCAACAGAAGGGUCAGUGACGAGGGGUUUCAUCUGUCAGUGUGUGAGGCUGAGCUGCCGGUGGCCAAGUACAAAUGGCCUUUGAAGAACACAGUCUGGAGACAGAUUAUAGAUACCAUCAGCCCAGGUAAAUCUCCGGCCUCUCUGACUCUGGAUCCUGACACAGCGAAUCCCUACCUCAUCUUGUCUGAGGACCUGACCAGCGUCAGAGACGGAGACACACGGCAGCAGCUCCCUGACUCCCGGAAAAGGUUUGAUCCCUGUGUCUGUGUCCUGGGGUCUGAGGGCUUCACAUCAGGGAGACAUUACUGGGAGGUACAGGUGGCCAACAAGACUGAGUGGGAUGUGGGAUUGGCCCGAGAGUCUGUCAGCAGGAAAGGAAAGAUCACACUGACACCAGAGAACGGAUUCUGGGCUGUGGUAAUGAGAAACGGGGAUCAAUAUCAAGCUGGUGCAUCAGUUCUCCGCCUUUCCCUGAGAGAGAGACCCAGGAAGCUGGGAGUUUACCUGGACUAUGAGGGGGGAGAGGUGACAUUUUACAACGCUGAUAACAUGUCUCAUCUCCACACUUUCACACAGACUUUCACUGAGAAACUUUAUCCUUACUUCUAUCCCGGUGUUGAUGAUGGCGGCAAAAUCUGUGAUCCUCUGAGGAUCUGCCGAGUGACAGAUUAA